ACACAGCACACGCAUUGCUGGACUACACACUGUUGGCGGUGCUUGCCUUGUAGUAGCAUACUAUAAAUUUGUGCUCCCACAAAUCAAGUGAGAUAAAAUACCUCCUUAAUUUUUGUGUGUUGAAUCUAUAGAAAAGAAGAUACACCAUAGCAUGGAUUGGAAUGGUAACCUUCGAAUGCCUUUUGUUCCUCGACCUCCAGAUACCUCCAACUUCAACUUUCUCUACAAUUGCACCUUCGACCACUUCCCUGUGGGGGUAGAAAUGAAGCAACAUGCGAUGAUGGAGAAGAACAUGAAUCAGUUGAUGGUGGAUCCGAAGAAGAAGCGGUUGAGCAACGAGCAGCUGGAGUUGCUGGAAAACAGCUUCCAAGAGGAGAUUAAGCUGGAUCCGGACCGGAAGAUGAAGCUCGCCAAGGAGCUAGGGCUGCAGCCGCGCCAGAUCGCGGUCUGGUUCCAGAACCGCAGGGCUCGCUGGAAGGGCAAGCAGCUCGAGCGCUUGUACGACGCGCUUAAACAGGAGUACGACGCUGUUUCUAGGGAUAAGCACAAGCUGCAACAGGAGGUUAUGGCACUAAGGGCCAUUCUCAAGGAACAAGUGGCAAAAAAACAAGUAUCAACCGGCUACACAGACGUUUCUGGAGAAGAAACGGUGGAAAGCACGUCAAUUCCAAGCUUAGAGAAGCAAAAUCCGGUGGUGGUGGAGGGGGAGGGGAUGACGGCGGGGACUAGCCUCCACCAGAUGGCAGAGUGCAACUACAUGGAGGAGUACAAUAAUACAGUGAUGAUACCUCCCUACUGGGCUACCUCUAUGCCCUCUUGUCCUUGAAUAAACUCAAUUACUGCUGCACCUUAAUGACUUGUUGUUUGUAUAUCUUAAUUUAAUUCUCCCUUUUCAAACUUAACAUGUUAUGCUAAUGCUAAGACUAGGUCGACCUAGGUGCUUUUUAGGGUGAGGUUUAGCUCCACUAGCAGAGUUAACUAGUUUGUUUAUCUGUUUAGUUGGUAGUUGAGGCUCUUCAGAUUUAUUCUCGUGUGGUAUUUCAUAUUUGGUAUUACUUCUCGUAUUUAAUUUCAUUACUGUGUAUCGUUGAAAUGAAAUAAUA